UCCUUGGUCGUGGGGUCGUUUCUGGUACCGGGUCCGUAGCAUUCAGGAUGAAUUUAAUUCAGCUUGUGCGUGACCACUGGGUACAUGUGCUUGUCCCUAUGGGAUUUGCUGUUGGAUGGUACCUAGACAGAAGGAAUGAAGAAAAGCUAACUGCCUUCCGGAACAAGAGUUUGUUAUUUAAAAGGGAGCUGAGACCGAAUGAAGAAGUCACCUGGAAGUAAAGGCUGGGCCUGAAUUACAGAAUGCUCACGUUUUUUAAAUUAUGAGAAAAAUAAAAACAUUUAAUUUAAAAAAAA